AUGGAUCGAUACCAUAGCGACAGCCAUAGUGAAGGAGCUGUUUCGAAGAGCAGUACAUUAUCAACUGUGAAGUUGGAUAGUUCAGAUGAAGAUGAUAAGAUCGAUUGUGUAUCGAAUGUCACCUCGUCGAGACGACAAAGGAGCACAAACCCUGAACACGAACCCAAUAAAUGCAGUCUUUUGCCCGUAAACUCAUCCGGACGCCAGUCCAGGUCAAGGUCCAAAUCUUGUCCAUCUUCAGAUGCAAUGGUGCAGUCAUGGAAUAAUGCCUCUGAAUCGACUGAUUUCAAAAUCAAUUCGAACGAUCCAUUAGGAUGUCUCAAGCAACAGCAACACAAACAUUGUUCAAUAAGCCAAUUCGACGAAAGUGCUCCCCGAAGCAACGCAAAUAUGGAAAUACGAUUGAGUUUAUUGGAAAUGAAAGUGAAGAAUUCGUCAGUCAGUUGGUGUGAAUUUGAUUUGUUGGGGUGGUUGAAUCUGGUGGUGCUGAAGUCGGAUCAAAUUGCGCGACGUGAAUCUUCCUUACCGUGGUUGGUGGCUAUGUUGAGAGGUCGUAAGAAGACUGCAGCAACUAAUGCUGAAGAUGCAGUUGCAGUUAAUAAGCCUGCUACACGAACAGGUGGAUUGGCAACUCGUUCAUCGAAUGUAACGAUUCCUUCAACAGCUGCAUUCGAAUCCCUCCCUCAAAAAACGCAUCACCCUCAGCGUACCAACGCCGCACUUCACGACCAUAGAAAUGUCGGUGUCAACGAAAACAAAAAUGUCGCCAAAGUUCAAAAGGUGUUGCAAACGAAGGAGGACGCGAAGAAACAAAAACAGAGUAAUUUGGCGGCUGCGGAAAAAAUCGAGAAGCAACACGAAUCCGAAUCGAAGACGACGGCGUGGAGUGCGGCAAGAUUCGACGAUGUCGUUUUGCGUUGUAAUAUUUAUGCAGAUGACAUCUACGACUAUAUUUUCCAUGCCGAGAAGAAACACGGAGUUCCACCUGCAUUCUUGUGUGGUCAUACGGUGACUCCAAAGAUGCGUUCCAUAUUGGUCGAUUGGCUUCUUCAAGUGCACAUCAGGUUCCAUCUUCUACCAGAGACAAUAUUCGCCACAAUUAAUAUUUUGGAUCGUUAUUUGGCUGUUGGAGACGCCGAUAAGUCCAAUUUACAACUGAUCGGCAUAACUUGCAUGUCAAUCGCGUCAAAAUACGAGGAAGUGUAUGCGCCAGAAAUGCAAGAUUACGUCUAUAUUACAGAGAAUUCGUACAGCAAACAUGAUAUUGUCUUAAUGGAAAUGAAGAUUUUGUCAAAAAUCGGCGUCGACUUGGGUCGUCCGCAUGUGAUUCAAUUUCUGCGACGUAUCAGUUGUUACUUCGAUGCAGUUUUGCAUUCGAUGGCGAAGUAUAUAUGCGAGAAUGCAGUUUUCGACUAUACGACAUGCCAUCUGAAGCCAUCCUUCAUCGCUGCCAUUUCGUUGUGGCUGGCUAGUCGACUAGAAGAUCGUGAAUUGCCUGAUGACAUCUUUGCUAUUGCCAGAGUGAGCGAAGAAGAGAUUCAAGAGUGGAGUGCGGUGUUUGCGACGAGCCUGCUGAAGACACACACCAACACCAAACUGACUGCACUCAAGAACAAAUACUCAAACUCAAAGUUUUCACGCGUCUCUGAUCUCUUACCGAAUCAAGUGUCAAUUUUACAGAAAAUUGCAGCUAAUCGGUCUUGA